AGAUACUAUGUAGAACAUUUUGGGUUGUGGACAAAAGGGCAGAUAUCAGUGGAUGGAUUUAUGCGGUAUCUGAGUGGAGAAGAAAACGGCGUCGUUCCACCUGAGAAACUGGAUUUAAAUGAAGAUAUGUCUCAACCACUGUCACAUUAUUUCAUCAACUCCUCACACAACACCUACCUCACAGCGGGCCAGCUGGCCGGUAGCUCGUCGGUGGAGAUGUACCGGCAGGUGCUGCUGUCGGGCUGCCGCUGUGUGGAGCUGGACUGCUGGAAGGGCCGCACGGCGGAGGAGGAGCCGGUCAUCACCCACGGCUUCACCAUGACAACAGAAAUCUCCUUCAAGGAAGUGAUAGAAGCUAUUGCUGAAUGUGCAUUUAAGACGUCACCCUUUCCAAUCCUCCUUUCCUUUGAAAAUCACGUGGAUUCCCCUAAACAACAGGCAAAAAUGGCAGAGUACUGCAGAUUAAUAUUUGGAGAUGCACUGCUUAUGGAUCCCUUGGAAAAGUACCCGCUUGAACCUGGGGUUCCCCUUCCAAGCCCUAUGGAUUUAAUGUACAAAAUUCUGGUGAAGAAUAAAAAGAAGUCACAUAAGUCUGCAGAUGGAAGUGCCAAGAAGAAGCUCUCGGAGCAGGCUUCCAACACGUGCAGUGAUACAUCUAGUAUGUUUGAACCUUCCUCCCCUGGAGCAGGAGAAGCAGAGAUUGAGAGCGAUGAUGACGAUGACUAUGAUGAUGACUGUAAAAAGUCGUCGAUGGAUGAAGGUACUGCUGGAAGUGAGGCCAUGGCCACGGAGGAGAUGUCUAACCUGGUGAACUACAUUCAGCCUGUGAAGUUUGAGUCAUUUGAAGUAUCAAAAAAACGCAACAAAAGUUUUGAAAUGUCUUCCUUUGUGGAAACUAAAGGGCUUGAGCAACUUACGAAAUCUCCUGUGGAAUUUGUGGAAUACAACAAAAUGCAGCUAAGUCGAAUUUACCCCAAGGGAACACGUGUAGAUUCUUCAAACUACAUGCCACAAGUCUUUUGGAAUGCAGGCUGCCAGAUGGUUGCUCUUAACUUCCAAACUGUAGAUUUGUCUAUGCAAAUAAACAUGGGAAUGUACGAGUACAAUGGCAAAAGUGGGUACAGGUUAAAGCCAGAAUUCAUGAGAAGACCAGACAAACACUUUGACCCAUUUACUGAAGGUAUAGUGGAUGGAAUAGUAGCCAACACCUUGUCUGUGAAGAUCAUUUCAGGUCAGUUUCUUUCGGAUAAAAAAGUUGGUACCUAUGUAGAAGUUGACAUGUUUGGCCUACCUGUGGAUACAAGAAGAAAAGCUUUGAAGACCAAGACCUCUCAAGGCAAUGCAGUUAAUCCAGUCUGGGAAGAGGAAGCCAUAGUGUUUAAGAAGGUCGUUUUACCUUCCCUGGCAUGUCUGAGGCUAGCAGUGUAUGAAGAAGGAGGGAAAUUCAUCGGCCAUCGGAUAUUACCAGUCUCAGCCAUUCGACCAGGCUAUCACUACAUCUGUUUGAGGAAUGAGAGGAACCAACCAUUGACACUGCCAGCUCUCUUUGUGUACAUAGAGGUCAAAGACUAUGUACCUGAUACUUACGCAGAUGUGAUCGAGGCCUUAUCCAAUCCAAUCAGAUAUGUAAACUUGAUGGAGCAGAGAGCUAAGCAGCUGGCUGCACUGACUCUGGAAGAUGAAGAAGAGGUGAAGAAAGAGGUUGACCAUGGAGAUGCACCAUCUGAAGCUAACAGUGAACCCAGGCCAACACCAGCAGAAAAUGGAGUAAAUUACACUGCCUCUCUUACACCGAAACCAGCAACUCAGGUUGUCCAUAGCCAACCAACACCAGGUUCGGUGAAAGCACCUGCAAAGACAGAAGAUCUUAUUCAGAGUGUCCUCACAGAAGUGGAAGCACAGACCAUUGAGGAGCUAAAACAACAGAAGUCUUUUGUUAAGCUUCAGAAGAAGCACUACAAGGAAAUGAAGGACCUUGUGAAGAGGCACCACAAGAAAACCACCGACCUUAUCAAAGAGCACACUGCAAAGUACAAUGAAAUCCAAAAUGACUACCUGAGAAGAAGAGCAGUGUUAGAAAAAACAGCAAAGAGGGACAGUAAGAAAAGAUCCGAAACGGGCAGCCCAGACCACAGUUCUUCAACCAUUGAACAGGAAUUAGCUGCACUGGACUCUGAAAUGACCCAGAAGCUGGUGGAGCUGAAGGAGAAGCAACAACAGCAGCUGCUAAAUCUCCGACAGGAGCAGUACUACAGUGAAAAGUACCAGAAACGAGAGCACAUUAAGCUGCUUAUUCAGAAGUUGACAGAUGUAGCAGAGGAGUGUCAGAACAGCCAGCUAAAGAAACUGAAAGAAACCUGUGAAAAAGAAAAGAAAGAGUUGAAGAAAAAAAUGGACAAGAAGAGGCAGGAGAAGAUCACAGAAGCAAAGUCCAAGGAUAAAAAUCAAAUGGAAGAAGAGAAGACUGAAAUGAUUCGGUCGUACAUCCAGGAGGUGGUGCAGUACAUAAAAAGGCUAGAAGAUGCUCAGAGUAAAAGACAGGAGAAACUUGUAGAAAAACACAAGGAGAUUCGGCAGCAAAUACUGGAUGAAAAGCCCAAG